AUAAAAGGAAGAUGCAAAGUAAUAACAAUUGGUCAACAGCUUCUUCACAAGAUACAAACUAUGGACCUGGAAAUUAUACUUAUACCAAUACAUAUGUACCAGUUACCAAUGGAAAUACUCCUUCAACGUUAAUGUCAUUAUCUCAACCAAAUACACCAAGACCUGAACCUAACCUUCCUUUGGCACAAAAUGAUAAUAUUGACAACAAUGCAACACAUAAAUCAAGAUCUACUGAACGCGCUUCAAGUUUCUCAACUAAUAAUUUUCAAACAAGUCCUUAUCCAACAUCACCUAUUCGACGAAGACGAACUGAAUCUUCUAUGUUUACUUUUGAAACAGGCCCAACUUUCUCUUCAACAAAACAAUUACUUGAAAUAUGGAAUAUGGAUCAAACUAAUAGUCAUCAAUUACAAAUUCAUGUCAAAAUGGAUCGUGGAUUCUUUCGAGCAGAUCAAGAUUGGACUUGUUAUCGCCGCAAUUAUUUUCAAGUUAAUGCUACAUUUGAUGUUCAUGGUGUAAACUAUUUGAUUCAAGGCCCUGAAGUACCAUGUCUUGUACAAACGGAACAACGUCAAUUAUUUCAAGUGGAUUACUUCUCUAUUGGUGUUAGUGCAUGUGUAUCUGGAAGUGAUAAAAAAAUCGAUCUUAUUCAACAUACUCCAAAACGUGACAAAGGUCCACAAAUGAUACCCCAACCUAGAGCCUUACGUUCUGGUGGCAAUCUACACUUGGCUCCUGUCGGAUCAAAUCAUAAUAUUGUUACGUUUGAACGUAUGCAAUUCAAGACGGCUACUGCUAAUAAUGGAAAAAGACGUGCCGCUCAACAAUAUUAUGAAAUUGUCGUUGAUUUAUAUGCAAACACAUCCAAUGGUCAUUCUUUACGGGUUGCUUCUUGUUCUUCUGCUCCUUUAGUCGUACGUGGAAGAAGUCCUGGUCAUUAUGCUGAU